CUGGUACUCUAAAUAAUUUCCUGAAAUGAUUAAAGGUUUAUCGAGUACGAGUAUCUUUCGAUAAUUUUCAAGCGUCAUGUAGUUCCACUGGAAAAUCAUUGGGAUCAUUCGCUGAAAAUUGAGAAGUGUAUCUCUGCCUGGAUAAUGAAGAAUCUUUUGAAUCUGGUUUUCGUUGUCCAUCGAGAAAAUGACGAUCGUACAUUUAUUUUUAUCAACAAAAUUGAUGAAACGUUGAAAGAUAUCUAUUUGGAUUAUUUUCUUUCGGCACGUCCUCGACCCCGUGCACUGAAGAAUUGAACCCGCAGGUGCAUCGAGUACAUUCGGUGUGUUCAUUCGUAUGAUUUGUCAUGCACUUCGCAAUCAGUUUAAUACUAUGAAUCGCCUGUAGACGACUCUGGCGUCGUUCUCAACGGGCGCUUUAAAUUUCACAACGAUCUUUGUAAACACGCGUCGUCUCCUGUCGGCGGCGGCUCUCAGGUGUCUUUCAAACUUAUUUCCUAAUCGUUUCUGUUUCGCUCAGUGUCCCGCUUUCUUUCGCGUUCCAUCGGUAUCCUCGAAGAAACGAGAACCGCGAAUCGAGUGGACUUCUUUCGUGCUACGGUGUUUGGCUCGUGUUAAGCGAAGCGUUGAGACCGAACAGGGACUUUGGCGAUGAGACUCGUGUCCAGUUCGGCGCGUGCACCAGCCGAUGCAUAAUCGCGUUAGAAUCAUCUGUGACAAUAGCGAAGAGUCGUCGAUACGGUCCGCGAUAAUUACUCGGCGAACGGCGAUGUCACCGUGAACGGGAUCAUUGCUUAACGAAAAUGCGAUUAUUCCUCUCGCGCGGUACUUAAAUGUCUCUCGGUGUGCAUGCUUACGAAAAUCUAUUUGCUGGGCAUGAAUGGACAAGUGCAACCCUCCAGGGAGAGGUUAGGAGGAUUUAGUAAUAGUUCCAUUGGAUUGUUCUCCGGGGUGAUAGCCACAGACCGUGUACCAAACAUCCAACUGGGCUCCACAAACAAUGGACUACCUAUGGAUGAUGUUAGCGUCGGGACUGAAGUUGAUAGUAAAGUCAAGACGAAGUUAUUGUCCAUGUGGAACAACAUGAAAUAUGGCUGGACUAUAAAGGUAGUAAAACCAAACUUCUCCAAAGAAUCUCCAGUAUGUUUGCUUGGCAAAAUUUACCGGAAGAAGCCAGAGGAGUUCUUGGAAAAGGCUUCUGAAGCAGAGAAAACUUUGGACACCGGCAGCGAGAUAUCCUUGGCGAUGGAUGCUAUCAGCUUCGAGGAUGGCAUUGAGGAGUUUAAAAAGGAUUUCACUUCUCGUCUUUGGUUAACGUACAGGAGAGAAUUUCCUAUAUUAAAUGGUUCCACGUUCACUACCGACUGCGGUUGGGGAUGUAUGCUGCGCAGUGGCCAGAUGAUGUUGGCACAGGCCCUGGUUUGUCAUUUUCUUGGAAGAGAAUGGCAGUGGCAACCGGACCAACCGAUAAAAACGGAGCAACAGAAAUUGGACGAAUCCAAUCACAGAUUAAUAAUCAAAUGGUUCGGAGAUUUACCCGAACGUGCAUCUCCGUUUUCUAUACACACGCUCGUCUCUCUGGGCGCCCUUUGGGGGAAACGUGCGGGAGAUUGGUAUGGACCAUCGUCCGUAGCUCAUCUCUUAAGUCAAGCGCUAGAACGUGCAGCGGAACGGCAUCCAGUAUUCGGUAACGUGGCCGUUUACGUAGCUCAAGAUUGUACAGUCUACCUGCAGGAUGUGGAGAACGUGUGCCAAACAACGGACGGCAAAUGGAAAUCUCUUAUACUUUUUGUACCUUUAAGGCUCGGUGCUGACAAACUAAAUCUCGUUUACGCAUCCUGCUUAACGCAUUUGCUUACGCUCGAGACCUGUAUCGGAGUAAUCGGCGGCAGACCGCGGCACUCUCUGUACUUCAUCGGAUUUCAAGAAGACAAAUUGAUCAACCUGGAUCCGCACUACUGUCAAGAAACCGUCGACGUACUGAAGGAUAACUUCCCUCUAACGAGUUUCCAUUGCACCUCGCCGAGGAAAAUGUUAAUCUCGAAGAUGGACCCCAGUUGUUGCGUGGGAUUCUAUUUUCACAACAAGGCGCAGUUUACCAAUUUCAUGGAGGUUGCUCCUUCGUAUUUGGUGCCGGAAGACGAAAAGGUAGACUACCCGAUGUUCUUGUUUUGCCAGGGUAGUGGAAAGGACCUCCAUCAAAAGAUCGAGAUCCAAGAGAACAUACCCAUCACCACCUCUUUUCAAGGUAACGAUGGGUGCGACGACGAUUUAGACGAGUGCGAAGAAUUCGAAUUGGUGCAGUGAGGUAUAUUUAUUUAAAAAAUAAUUAUUUAGUAUCUAAUAAUACGUUCACGGAUAGUUUCUGGAGAUUGACAAUGUCAUUGACAAAAUGGCAGUGUCGUUAAUCACAAUUCUCCGCUCAUUCGUCCACAUGUGUAUGUAUAGGAAACAGCGAAGUCGAUUGAUUUAUUAGCAGGUGCAGUGCGUUGCAUAAUAUUAGAAACAGACGGACAACAGUUUUCUCAAAUGUAUUCGUGCCGCGAAUCGUAAUUCUUAGAUCUCAACGCUGUUCGUUGAACGACUGACGUGAAUACACAUACGUAUAUAUUGAAUAUUUUCCGUUCGCGAUAAUGCAUUUAAUAUAGAUUCGAAUUGCGUUAUCGUCAUGUGCAAUGAGACGUUCUGUGAUCGUAAUUUAAAACGCGGCUCCUUUUUUAUUCGUUGCUUGCACAAUUUCUCUCUUAACUUUGUUGAUUGAUCUCAAAAGUAAAAGCGAUCGUCGGGUCGUUUAUUUCGGCGUACGUAGAAUUAUUAAUCUCAAACGUGUAAAAACGAUAUUUAUUUUGUUUUAUCUUUUACCGAUCGAUGAUCCCCGGGAUCGAGAACUUGCGUAGAUCGUAAGUCAAUGAUUUUGCUAUGAAGAGUAACUUUUAUAAAACGAAUUUCCUAAUUCCUCAUGAAAAUGUUCCUGACACGUAACUUAUUUCGAAACGUGACAAUAGUAGUAGAUUCCUUGAUCGUAUUUCAUUUCGUCCUUGAGCGAAAAAUGCGCACGCGUGCAAAUAUCGUGGCGCGUAUUUAGUACAUGUCCAACCGCGUUUAUCUGUCGUAGCGUUUAACCCGCGUCUUUCAUUUCCCAUCCGUUAAUACGUAAGUUAUUUAUUAUUUAUUUAAUACACAUUUUUUGCCCAGUCCCGACGAAUUUUAAUGAACUUAUACUAAGUUCUCGCGGCGCGUCACAACGUUCGCUUCGACAUAACGUUUUAUGUUAUGAAAGAGAAAUGUGCGAUUAAUAAGCGUAUAUAUAUAUAUACAUAAAUACAUACAUAAUUAAGAUAUUGUUAUCACUGAGGAGGAAAGAAUGACUUAAUUUUCGAACGAAAAUAUGUGAGCAUGAUAUAUAUAUAUAAUGUAUAUUAUACUCAUAUUGUUUAAGAUAAGGUCUGUACACAAUUGAAAAUAAUUGUUAAAGAAAAAUUCUUAUAUCGGCGCAGUUAAAAAUAAAUAUGGAAGAAAGAAGAGUAUUGGUAGCACCACGGUUCCAACGUGUGUAUUUCUCCCAUUUACUACA